AUGUCUGCUAUAAGCGCCCUACUAGACAAAAAUCGUGGCCAGUUGAACGCGGUUGAAUCCGAUAUAUCAGCUCUAGUAGACAGUAUCUCCAUCUCCGAGAUCUCUCGAGAUCCAAAUCUCAAGUAUAAGAUCGACGACAAUGAAAGCAUCGAGCAAGCAGAAUUGAUGAGCGAAACAAUUGCACAAUUAUCCAACAAAAGCACAGAGAUUGAUACCGGAUUGCACCAAUUGGAUGACUUGUGGGUUAUUAAGAGCUUACUACAAGAAAUAAAAGUUGGGUUGAACCCUUUAGGGGAAGAUAACUAUGCUUGUGACAAAGAUGAUCUUGAGUCUGUCGUAGCAAACUUGAGCAAACUCGAUAAAAAAGUGUCAAAAUUGGACAAGUCACUUGUAAUUCGAAGCUUAGUAUCACAGGAGGUUUUAGAACGCAAAGUUGAAGUGGUUAAUCAAAUGCUGAAUACAUUCGAAACGUUCUUUCCUCACCAAUGCGAAUUCCAUUCAAACACCGACGAAAGCCAUUAUAGUCUCUCAGAGUUCUUGAGCAUCCCCGAACGGUUCCCCGAUCUUAAUUUGGAUGCUAUUUUUAAGUCCUUCAUCAGAAAAUUGCAAGUUUAUUGGGACACAGAAGUUCUUGAUAAAUUGUGCGAUAACAGCUUUACGCUGGAAUUACAGAGAACAGAUGACUCCGUAAAGCUUGUGCUUCACAAAAACACAAAAGGGUUCUCUGCUCUGUACUUUAUUUCUAUGGAAAACUUCAUUCGGUUUGUGGAUCUUGUCGAUAAUCAGAACCUACGUAAUGUGUUCCUGUCCAAGAUAUCACAUAGCUUGAUGCAAGUGAUCUCUCUGAACAUCGGAGCCUUGAUGCAAUCACAAAACAACUCGGCCACGAACGAAUUGGUUAAUCUCGUCAACGUGGCUCGAGAGACAGGCUGGUCUUUGUCAAUUGGGAGCACAUUCAACUCUUCUCAGAAUCUUCACGAAAAGCUUGGAAAUCUCUAUCUUGAAUGGAUUGAGGACAAGUACAUCGAUCAAAUCAUGCAGUUUUUUAAGGACCAUUUCAAGGAGGCUACCGACCAAAUAUCAGAAGCAAAGGUGCCCAAUACCAAGAAGCAAAAAGUUGUAAAUGGCGAACAAGGUCUGGAUGAUUGGGACGAAGAUUGGAAUGAAGAUGGAUGGGAUGAAGAAGUACAAGAUGAUUGGAAUUGGGGAGACGAAGAAACUCCCCAACAGCCUCCAAAGUCUCCCAGAAAACACAACCUUACUCAACAGGAUACCUCUAUGAUGAUCGUCAGUGACGUACCUUCCAGACUUCAAAGCAUAAUCGAGGAAUUUAAAACCGAGUCCAAAAAUGAAAACUUUAAUAUCUUGGCAAUUGCCAUUCAAUCGCUGCUGUUGGUGUAUUACCCACCAUUAGAGCAGACGUUUCUUCUUUAUAAUGAUUUGAAACAAAUGGGAAAUCUUUUCGGGUCUUUUGAGUUGACCAAAUUUGCCGAUACUCUCUGGAGCCAACUGAAGUUGAAAUUCACAAACCAGCUCGUUGAGCUAGUUCUUGCCGUCGAUUUGCAGCAUGAUGAUUUUGUCGCAGCUUCAACAGACCUCAACAAGUUUGAAUUGGAUGAGGAUAAUUGGACACAAUUGAGUAAAAUUAACAACUGGUUCAAGAGUUUGUUUUCAACUGAUUUGCCCACGACGAAUAAGCCCAUGUUUCAUGAUUUCAUCAUUGACAUGAUUAAUUUGAUCAAUAGUUGGCUUGCUAAUUCCAUUAUCAGAAUGGACGAAAUCACCGAAUAUCAGUCGAUAAAAAUUACAACUAUAGUGGAAAUGAUGCAAAACGUCACCUUGCCGAAUGUGCAACAAGUGGGCGAUACAAAAGAAGGCGUGGACUCUUUCCAUAAACUUGACAACGUUGUGUUCUUGAUCAAUAACCAUCUUAAAGAAAUCAAGGAGAGAUUUUACGAUGGUGAGUUUUUCGACUUGCAAACUCAUGAGCUUACUUCCUUGAUCAAAUCUGUGUUUGUUCAGAGCGAACCUAGAGACAGCUUGAUCACAGAGAUUUCAGAGUUCAGAGACAUGGUAGAGGAAGAGUAG